AUGGCUUCCUUGAAAAAAGCAAAGUGCUUCUUGAUCUUUGCGCGGCACCUGUCAUGGUGUCAGGUCGCCGCGGAAUGUAUGCCGACGGACUCUCUCAUUGUUGGAGUCGACCUCUCGCCGAUAAAACCAAUUCCACGGGUCAUCACCUUUCAAAGCGACAUCACAACGGACAAGUGCCGUGCCACAAUCCGACAGCAUCUCAAAACCUGGAAAGCCGAUACAGUUCUUCAUGAUGGCGCCCCCAAUGUCGGUACAGCAUGGGUUCAAGAUGCCUUCUCACAGGCCGAGCUAGUCCUGCAGUCACUAAAGCUCGCAACGGAGUUUUUGGUUCCGGGGGGAUCAUUUGUUACAAAGGUUUUCAGAUCGAAAGAUUACAAUCCACUCUUAUGGGUAUUCAAGCAACUUUUCACUUCUGUGGAAGCGACGAAACCUCCAUCCUCAAGAAACGUUUCUGCGGAAAUCUUCGUCGUAUGCCGGGGAUUCAAAGCACCAAAGCACAUCGACCCUAAAUUCCUAGAUUCACGGCACGUUUUCGCCGAGCUACAGGACCCCACACCCAAUAACGAAGCGAAAGUAUUCAAUCCAGAAAAGAAGAAGCGAAAGAGGGAAGGCUACGAGGAGGGAGACUACACCCAGCAUAAAGAAAUAGCCGUUACUGAAUUCAUUAAUACAACUGACCCAAUUGCGAUUCUUGGUACUUAUAAUACCUUAAGUUUUCAGCAAUCUGCGAGCGGCGAUUUGGCCCUCGCAACGCUUGAACGUCUUCCCGAAACCACAGACGAAAUCCGGAAAUGCUGUGAGGAUUUGAAGGUUCUGGGCAAGAAAGAAUUUCGAACACUCCUGAGAUGGCGUCUCAAGGUGCGCGAAAAGUUUGGACUAGCCGUUAAGAAGGGAGGCAAGAAAACAGAAGAGCAAGAAGAAGUUGCAGAAAUUGAACCAAUGGAUGAAGAACUAGCCAUACAGGAAGAGUUACAGCGAUUGAGGGACCAAGAUACAUCUAGGAAAAAGAAAGAACGUCGUCGAGAAAAUGAACGGAAACAGAAAGAGAUUGUACGACUGCAGAUGCAUAUGAUCACGCCCACAGAUAUUGGUAUGGAACAGAGUGGCCCGCUAGGCGAAGGAUCGAUGUUUUCUAUAAAGCCGAUUGCUCGAGAAGGUGCCACAAAGAAAGUUACUAGUGGGAGAAUGGUUCAUGUGGAAAGUGAUGACGAUGAAGAAAGCUCGGCUACAGGCGAUGAGGAAUCUGAUGAAGAGGAGGACCGCCUCGAGCGAGAUUUGGAUGCAUUGUAUGAAAGGUACCAAGAAGAUCGUGAAAUGCGCGAUUCAAAGUUACGGGCCAAGAAGGCUCGCAAAGAUCUUGAAACUGAAGAAUGGGAAGGAUUCUCUGACUCGAACAAAGACGAUGGAUCUGAUGAGGAGGAUGGUGAUACUUUUCAACCCCAAUCCCUCACCCUAAGAAGUCGGCCGGCCAACGGCCUGUCCAAUAAAGCUGCAAUGUUUUUUGAUCAGGAUCUAUUCCAAGGCCUAGAGGAUAUAGAUGAUGAGGAUGAACGGAUGGAAGAAGAACAGGAGCAAAGUCAACCAGUUCAAGACGAAGCUCCAGGCGAGGACGGCUCCGAAGUUUAUGAAACUACCGACAAUGAAAGUGAGAUGUCCGUGGAUCCGUCCUCGAUGGCUAAAGAAUCAAAGGGCCGUUCAGAACGGUUUGAUGAAGAACCGCGAGAUGAUCCUCGGACGAAAGACGGUAAACUUAAUAUCGAUAUCAUCACUGCCGAAGCCAUGGCCCUCGCUCAGCAAAUGGCCACAGGCGAAAAAACUUCCGCUGACGUUGUCGACGAUGGCUUCAACAAAUUCUCCUUCCGUGACGUUGACGGCCUCCCCGAAUGGUUCCUCGACGACGAAAGUAAGCACUCCAAAAUCCAGCGGCCCACUACAGCGGCGGCCGCCGCGGCCAUCCGUGAAAAGUUGCGUGCCCUCAACGCACGACCGAUCAAGAAAGUCCGCGAAGCAAAGGGCAGGAAGAAGAUGAAACAGGCUCAGCGAUUAGAAAAACUGAAAAAGAAAUCAGCGCUUUUGGCAGAGGAUGAGGGUGUGAGUGAAAGAGAUAAGGCACAAAGUAUAGCAAGGAUGAUGUCGAGGGCCAUGAAGAAAAAGCCCAAGCAAAAUGUGAAGUUAGUUGUGGCGAGAGGAGGGAAUAGGGGAAUCUCGGGGAGACCGCGAGGUGUUAAAGGGAAGUAUAAAAUCGUCGAUGCGCGAUUGAAAAAGGAUGUCAGGGCUCAAAAGAGGCUGGCUAAAAAGGCGAAAUAA